AUGAGCGAAGCCGCCGUCAAGCAGCAAAGAGAAACUGCACAGUUUACCGUCAUCGCUUACACUUCAAGUGUCAAGAAAGGGUUCUACAAAAGAGUCCAGAUUUGGGCUGUGUUAACUUUCAUUCUGCUCCUCUCCCUCACCUUGACCGUUCUGGGUGUCUCCUAUUUUUGGAAACCUGCUCCUCCUAAAAAGAUUUAUGAAUUGGAGCAUAUGUUUGUCAGCAACAUGGAAAAACAGAAGAUAUUAUUGAAGAUCGAUCCCCUCACUUGGACAGAGACCUUUUAUACCGGCAAGGAUCGUGAAGAAGUUCUUGAAAUACAUGAUUUUAAGAAUGGAAUAACUGGCCUCUUUUUCAUGGGUGAUCCCAAAUGCUUUCUCCAAAACCAGAUUAAAGGGAUACCAGAAGCAUCGGAUAUGGAGACGGAGGCGCCCGAGGCAGAAGAAAUGGCAGCCACCUAUUUUGACCAAUCGGUGCUCUGGGUUCCAGGAGAGAAAGCCAUUGAAAAUAAAGAUUUUCUGAAGGAUUCCAAGAUGUUUGACCUCUGCAAAAACGUUACUGCAUAUUGGAUCCAUCCGACUCUGCUAAGACAUCCAGACCUUGUUGACUUUGAAAAAGGAAAUGAGGAUCCGAUUCCCACGAAUGAGCAAAACCAAGUGGAGGCUCAGCAGGGACGCCAGUCCUUGGGCAAGGAAGAAAGCCAAGGUCCCAAACGCCACGCUCGGCAGCUGACCGAAGAAGACUUACCAGUGAACGACUACACCGAGAACGGCCUGGAGUUCCACCCCCUUUGGGAUGAGAGAGGAUACUGCUGCGCCCGCUGCCGUCGAGCCCACCGCUACUGUCGCAGGAUAUGUGAGCCGCUACUAGGAUACUACCCGUAUCCCUACUGCUAUCAGGGAGGGCGGGUGAUCUGCCGUACAAUCAUGCCUUGCAACUGGUGGAUAGCACGGAUGUUAGGGCGAGUGUAAGCGCACAUUGUCCAAAAGUAAUAAAAAUAAGCUUAGUGCAGUCCAAGGUC